GUCAGAUGGUAAAGAUGGCGUCGUCAGGGACAGCGAUCCUCCGCCGCAUCUCUGCGUCUAUGGCCCUUUUACUCGGUGUGCUAAUCCUCCUGAGCACAGGGAGCUGCGAUGAACAGGUGCCCCUCAUCAUGUGGACAAGCGAGGGAGUUUCGAUGCCUCAUGAAUCUCCUCCUCCAGCGGGGCACAUCGUUGGGCAGCAGCAGCUGGCCUCUUACCUGGAGAAGGCUCUGAACACCGGCCCACAAAAUGUAGUUCUGUUCCUUCAGGACAAGAUGAGCAUAGAGGACUUCACCAUGUAUGGAGGAGCUUUUGGAAAUGAGCAGGACAGCGUUUUCCCCAACCUCAAGGGAGCUCUUACGUCAUCGUCAUCUCCUCUGGUCUUGCCUGCCGUGUCUUGGCCGGCCUCCAAUGCAGUGAUCGGUCAGCUGCAGGAUCAGUUAGAAACCACCCCUCUGUACAUGGACCCUGAGACCCUGAGUCAGCUGAGACUUAACGCCUCCUCGCCUGCUCUGCUCGUGUUCAGGAUGCCCUACAGCAUGGGGGCUGAUCUUAUAUCUGCAAAGGAGAUUCUCAGUGGAAAUGAUGAGGUGGUUGGUCAGGUGUUGAGCAUCAUGAAGACCCAGUCUGUUCCGUACACGGCCAUCUACACAGGCCUGCGCCCGUCCAGGGAGGUGGCGUCUAUUUCUGUGGAAGUAGAAUUGGGUGGAGGCCGCUCUCUGCUGCAGGCCAGAGGAGGAUACAGGGACAGGCAGAGGGAAAGAGAAGGGCAGCGGAAAAUCAUGGAGAAGGCUGAGAUCUACAGCCCAGUGGAGUUUAAGAAGGGAGACGAGACGUGCAUCAUGCUGUGGGCCAAAGGCCUGUCCGUGAGCAUCCUUCAGAAAGGUCGUUGGGAAGAGCAUGACCUGGCCCCGUCUACCUUCGGUGAAGGUGUAAAGCCCAGUCUCCAAGGUUCCAGUUGUGACAAAAGCAAAAGCAGGUUGGUUCUUAAUUAUGAGAAUGUCCUCGGCUUCCGAAACUUCAAACUGAUUCUUGUUAUGAGCCAGCGUCACUACAAGGUGUCUGCACGCCGAUGGUUCACCCUGGACAAUGUGGAACUAGAAUACGAUGGGAAGACGGCAGCGUUCAACGGCAGCAGGCACAUCUACGCCCCUGCCGAGUACUCGUACCGCUGUGAAUCCGUCACCAACUUCCGCUGGCCCCUGCUCAUCCCACGCUCAACCAAAGACCUAGCCAAUCAGUGGAGGGUCUCUUUUGAGGACUUUCAGAUCCAGGGCUUUAAUUUAUCCGGCACUGAGUUCUCCUAUGCCAGCGACUGUGCCGGCUUCUUCUCCCCCGGCAUCUGGAUGGGUUUGAUGACCAGUCUUCUCAUGGUGCUCGUGCUCACGUACGGCCUUCACAUGAUCAUGCAGCUCCGCACCAUGGACCGUUUCGAUGAUCCCAAGGGCCCCGCCAUCUCCGUACCGCAGACAGAGUGACAAACUUCCCCCUAACUUCACCUUCCAUUUGUCCUCCUUUCCGUCCUGCAGAUGCCUCCAUGGCUGCAGCGCUGCCCUUCACAUUCCACUCCCCUUUUCUAUGUAGUUAUAUUCGUGGCAUAAAGCUGACGUCAGUGGUGUUGUCAUAAUUUAUCCGUCACUGCACAGAUGUUGCAGUUAGAUGUGCAUCCUGAGAAAGAAGAAUACACUUUUCAGAUGAUCCCAUUUUUUUUUCCUCUCAUGUAGGUUUUUAAUUUCAGAGCAUUAUUUAAUAGAUCUGGAGACGCAUCAAUAUUUCCAACACGUAAGAGGUACAAACUGGGUCCAGUCCAGUCAGGCUGCCGUUUACCAACAACAGUAAAGCAUUAAAAGGGAAAAGUACAGGGAUUAUUACAAUUUAUGAAAAGUUAAAUGAGUUAUUAGAUGCUAUUUAUUGUCGGAACUGCUCUAAUCUGUAUGUGAGGAUUGUGUUUGAAUAGAGUUGUUGAAUGAAGGAAAUACUUUGGAUUAAAUGUGUUCAUGCUAUUUAUUGUUGAAACUGCUGUCACUUGUGUUUGAAUAGAUAAGUGAGAUAAAGUUGUUGAAUGAAGAGAAUAUUCAUUAAUGCAUUCAUUGCUGUGUUGUGUUGCUGUUGUAACUCCAAUAAAAAAGAGAAAA